GAGUGCUUUUUACGCAUCAUUAUAAAGGCUUAGCUCCCUCCCUCUGCGCGCUGUACCGCUCCUCCGCUGCGAGCCUCACAGCCGGAAUCUAUGUUGUAUAGAUAGAUAGGCUAUGUGCCACACGCCGCCAGCCUACAGGUUGCAAAGAUUCAAAGUUUUUCGCCGUUCUGCCUCUUCUUCUCCUUCUUCUUCUUUGGGUUUUUUUCUCCUCUGCUUGGAUACAGCUGACUUACGCAUUGGAUAUGUGCACACAAGAUGAUGACAACCCCUUUCCUUCCCGUAGAAGUAAAAUAAAAUAGGCUUUCGCACACACUGGAUUUACUCCUGUCGUUCCAUAUGAAGAAGUCAAAAAGUUGGAUACACGUCUGUGUCCGUUUCCUGCUGUUCAUCACGCUUGGGGUGCAUUCAAAUACAUUUGACGUCAGCCCAGUGACCGAUGACAUCUCCAAACUCUAUACUUUGAAGCAAAACAUUCCUAAAGAUUACAAAAUUCCUGUGCGCUACAUUCCAAAACAAGAGUGUGGGAUGUGUUGGGUGAAAUUAAAUAUCUACCCUUUGGAGGCGAGUUUACAAGAUUUAGCACAUAAGUUUGGAAACAUUUCAUCUAACAGAAACGACAUUAGGAUUUUCAUCCUAAUACUCCAAGACUUGCGACUCAGAAUGGGUUCAGUGGAGCCGAUCAUGUUCGAGUUUGAGUGCCACUACAGGGAAGAGAGAUGGCCCACAGAGCAAUACUUUGACUUUGUUAAAGACUUUCUUACAGCUGCACAGAACAAAGAAGACUCGGAUGACUGUGAUCCUCCUCCUUGUCCCACCACACCAUACACAGUAAUAACAGAAGAAUAUUCAAAAGAAUCACCCACUCCCAGCAGUAAAGGCCCACAGUGUUCGACUGACUGCACAGCACAUACAGAACCAAGAUACCUUCCUGACGUGGUGGAGCGAAGCCUUCUCUCCUUACUGCUCAUUCCACUCCUAGCCCUAGUAUUCCUGCUUGUAUGGAAGGUCAGAUCACGGAGAAACGAGGAGGAUCUUCCACAAAAUCACGGAGAAGAUGGACUCUUCACUGGAACAGAAGGGACUGCACCUCCACUAGAUGCUGACAUAUCAGAAAAAGACAAGCUGAGCGUCAUUGAGACAGUGUAAUGCUUCUAUCCAUCGAUGUUCUUCAGUGUAACUGGGCUCUACUUUUCUCUCCCAUUGGUGUCCACACGUGACAAACAAACACGAGGCUGAAUUCCAUAGUGAGAUCUCUGUUUUUGACUGCUCUCCAGAUCCAUGAUGGCAUAUUAACGAUUGCUGUGACCAAGAUUCUUCUGGUUAAGUAAUGCUUGAUACUGUAUGGAUAAGCUUGCCUUUCUUAAAAGACUGCAUUAACCCCAUGCAUUUGAAAAAAAGACUGAGAUUUUAGCUGAUAGAAAGACCCUCAUCCACCCCUGCAACCCUCAUCCAUUCAUCCAUCCAUUCAUUGCAACCUGUUGCAUCAUCAACUCUUUGGGGGAAAAUUUGCCUCUCUCUCAUCAUGUUGCUCCAGUCUGUCUACAUCUUUGGGCCCUACCAGUUCAUUUACAAAGAACAAAGCAUUUACUGACUGAUGCUGGUUAUCUCUUGUAUGAACUGAGGCAUCAAUUACUACCUCCAGUGGCCCUCAUGUUAACCACAUUCUCAACAGCUCCGCCAUUUCUUCUUUGUCUGGGGUUUCCCAAAGAUUAAUAAUGUUAAGCAUUGUAAUUCCAAGGUGUAGUCAUGUUGUCUGGUUUAGAUGUGUACCCAUGGGGGUGUACGAUGUAUUUAUUUAUUGGUUUCAGCACUCAGAUGCUGCUGUUCAUACAGUACAACUGAAAUGUUUCAAGCAUUUAAGAGCACCUUUACUAGUGGGUCACAUUUAAAGAACAAUCUGUAAACUAACACAUCAUAAACUCAAAAACACAUUCCUGACUUACUUACUUAGCACUUAGGUCCGCCUGUUCUGCGUAGAUCAUUGGGCCGCAAACUUUCUAAACAAGUGACAUAAUCCUGUAAGUUGUUGUUGACUUGGCCGGUUUAGAAUGGAUUACAUGGAGAAAAAAAACACAUAUAUACAAAAUAAGCUGCUUCGACUAACUUACAUUUAGAUUAUUGAAAUCCACAGUGACAUUCUGCUAAAGAGUAUCAGGGAUGACUUCUGUGGAUCAAGAUUGUUUUGUUUUUUUUAUUAUUUAAAGGUGAUUUAUGCAGAACGUGGGUGUCAGGCACAUAUAAGACUAGUGGGCCUCCGAUAGUAAAUGUUAGUUGAACAUUGCCUUUAUUUUUUACUUAUCUCACCUUUAUGUUUGCAAGGCAAAGAAAAACUGUUACAGGAGAGAUUUUUGAUGGCCAUUUCCUUCAUCAAAGGAAAAUAAACUGAAUCGCUAAAGGAGACACGGUUUGUAAAAAGAAUUGAACAAACAAAUAUCAUAUAAUAUAAUUUUAUAUUUAAAUUUCUGUUGUUGACUGUUUAUUCAAUGACCAAAUGUACUCACAAACCCAUCCAGCUUAGACUGUUCACUCACAGGGUGUAAUCUGUUCUUAAUGAAUUUGUCUUUGUCCAGUAUUAGUGUUGUGCUUGCAUAAUAAAACUUUUCAUAGACAAUCUGACAAAGACAGUUAGUGCAUUCAUCAAGGUUGGAUGGUUAAGAAAUGCUGAAAGAUGACACCGAUGCUCAUGAAAUUUACAGACGAUGCACCUUGGUUACCUCACAAUCCACAAUGCUCGCCACAUGGGAAUGCCAUGCAAACCUAAACAUCAACUUUGCCUUAAAGUUGCGUCAUAACACACGUUAAAGGACGUGCAAUGUCAUCUCGUUCACAUACUGAACUGUAGCACAAUGGUGUGACUUUCAAAAAGUUUUUCCUUUUUUAAAUAAAAAUAUGGUAAGUUACAGAGCUGUCUCUCCCAGUGUUUGAAAUCCAUGUGACGGGCCAGAAAUCAUUCACAUAUUUGAGGUCAGUAGGAAACAGUUGACAUUGAGGUUGUUAAAUGCACAUGUAUUUAGCUCUAGUAGUUGCCCUCAGGCCUAUUCUAAUGGGCUCCUCCCUGCACUCCUUUAACUUGUUGCUCUCUGAGACUGGAUAAGUUACAAACUGGAAGUGCUCCCUUCCUCUGUAAUUACAGGUCUUAUCGGGGCUAUGAAGAGAAAGGUGGCAGGGUUAACACUAUCUAAAAAGGCAGUUGACUCCCACAAAGCCUGGCCCAAACAGUCUAACAAAGUAGACCAUUAUUGGAUUUGGGGUAUGAAGAUGCUUAUCAGUCUUAAUGACAAUCACUAAAGAGGUAGGAGUGUGAAUAGGACACGCUGGCUGUGACCUUUCCCAUCAGGCAACUAGCUGAACACGACAGAAGUGACAGGACAGAAACAUCUGUUUCUGUGUCUGGUUGGAGUAUUUCUAUCAUAUUUGUGGUCUUAUGUUGUAUAAUGUCCUUUUUUUUGGGUUUGUGCCUUGUUUGAUUAGUGUGACUGACUCGUGUAAAUGUCAAAGGCCUGUCUAUAUUUCUGUGUGGUAGCAGAAAGUGGGGAGAUCAUUACAGGGCAGUUUAGAAUAAUCUCACCUCAAUAACCCAAUAGACGCGAUUCCUAGUCGCUCUCCUUUUUGAGUAAGAGUUUUUUUGGCUUGACUUGUGCCCAGUUUUGGUUUGGAACUCAGUUUUCUGGUAAUGCAGUGCUUCGGUAUGUGAAACUUAUAUCAAAACAAAGCUGCAGUGGUUGCAACAUUUCUCUCCACAUGUUACAUUCUAGCCUUUGUAACCUUUAGGAAACAGUUCCUGUGUAUUGGGGAUUAUAUGUUGGGAUAUUUUUUUAUAGAAGACAAGAGUAUGUUGUGCAAAAAUGAAACAAAAAAAACGUAUACCACAUUGGUGUUCAUAUAGUUCAGAUCAACAGUACCUUUCAGCAUCAAUAGCUGGCAUUCUUUGGUGUGGUGAAGUAUUGUUUGUUGUGUUGAACUGCAAGACAACUUUAUUCAUUCAAAAAUGCAUUUUUGGGAACACUAAUAAUGGGGACGUAUCACUUUUGCCAUAUUUCUAUGGCAGUUUAGAGCUAAUCUGUGUAAGUAAACCUUAUUGGUGUCCAUAUGGUCCAGCACAACAGUACUUUUAGCAGGUAUAUCACAAAUUAGUAAUGUGGCAAAGUACUUUAAUUUCCAAGCUUUUAAGCAUUUAUUUCCAUUCAAAGAUGCAUUUUUGAACAAUAUUGAAAAAUACUAUCUAUGGCAGUUUAGGCCUGAGACUUCUCUUUAGGUUGUGCUUCUCUACAUGAAGACUAUUAUAUGCAGUGCCCAGUAUUGUGACAGAGUCACAGGUUAGCCACAAACUAACAAACAAGGUAUACUAUGUCAAAGAUUGCUUUUUAUACAUAGUCUAUAAAUAUAAUGAGCUGCAACAGGUCUAAGCUGUGAACAAAACAAAAAAAAUAACAUGGUCUCCCAUUUUCCUGUCUGUGCGAGAGCCAGAAGCAGUUGGUGUGUCGGAUGCAUGGAAGCCAGACAACAAGCAUUUUCAUGCAUUAGUCGAGAGAAUGACUGCCCUUAAAUACUGUUCCUAUGUGGGUUGUUAGGUCUCAGAAUAAGCAGAGCUGCAUUUUGAACAGUGCUUUCCGGCACGAGUGAUCCAAUCCAUCCCACUCCGGUGGGUGAAUCAAAUGGCUCUAGGCAGGAAAUAAGUCUGGGUGCCAAAAAGCAAAUGUAAUUACUGCCCGGUUGGUAUUCUGGGUGAAAACUCUACUGUAUUCUGUAUUUUUGUAUAAAUGUAAACAAACAUAUAUGAAAUAUGAAUAAAGUACACGUAUCCAACUGUUA